UCCACAACAUUAGCAUCGCCGCUAGCGGCUUCGCUCGUGUUACAAACUCCAAAAGAAAAUUCAUAACAACGAGCGCGUGAACAAACUAGAAAGCGGUCGGUUUGCUGCUCCGUGAAGUUCACUUUUAUUCCGAGCCCCGCGGGAAAUAACAUGACUCAAUUUAGCCGUGAGCCCUAUGAGGUUUCCUGUUAGACGGCGUUUCCUAAAAUAUGGCGUCGUUUAUUUCUUCUUGUUUUUAUUGAAACGACAACACGUCACAAGAACUGUACACAAGCGUGAAUAAUUUUACAUGUUUUUUUUUUUACAUUAAAAGACACCGUGCUGAAAAACGCGGCGCCGUUCGCUUUCCCUCGAUAGUGCGCACUACAGAGUGGACGGGCUCCUCUCCGCCGAAACAUCUACGUCAGGUUUCACUGGCGGUUUCUGAUUCGUUUCUCCCACGUUGUCACAAGCGCAGACGCGCAGCGAACCGUCACAUCCCUUUACCGACCGAGGCGGGCUCUCGGUAACCGAACCCUGUCGAACCGGGGCUGUUUGGUCUUGUUUUGGUCCGGGAUGGCGUUCAUGGAGCAACAGCCGCAGCCGUUGUCCGGCAGGAAGCCGCCGCUGGACGACACCGUGUCGCUCAUCGCCGUGAUCGAGGCCAGCCAGAGUUUACAGUCGCACACGGAGUACAUCAUUCGUGUCCAGAGGGGCGUUUCUGCAGACAACAGCUGGACGGUCAUCCGCAGAUACAGUGAUUUUGACAUGCUGAAUAAUAGUUUACUGAUCUCGGGCCUCAACCUGCCACUUCCUCCUAAGAAGCUGCUAGGAAACAUGGACCGAGAGUUCAUAGCCGAGCGUCAGAAGGGUCUUCAGGCUUAUCUGAACUACAUCACACGCCACCACGUCCUCUCCAGCUGUGAGCUGGUCAAAAAGUUUCUCGACACUAACAAUUACUCUGCAAACUACACAGAAAUAGCCUUACAACAAGUGUCCAUGUUCUUCAGAUCCGAUCCAAAAUGGGAGGUUAUUGAGCCGCUAAAAGACAUUGGCUGGAGAUUGAGAAAGAGGUACUUCCUCGUCAAAGACAAAGAUCAGCCCAAAGACAAACAAGUAUUAAGUUGGGUGGAUUUGGGUCCAGAUAAGUUCCUGUCCGACAAAGACCUUCAGUCCGCAAUGAAGCUGCUUCCAACGCUGUCUCAUUCAAACAUCUCUCCCGUCAGUUUCGCUACGACCAGCGAAUCGUCUGCUCUGGUCAUUCGCGUUUUCAGCGAGAAGGGAACGCUGAGGGAUCACAUCUGCAAGGUGAAGCCCAAAGAGCCCUUUCUGAAGAAGUACUGCAAUCCCAAAAAGAUCCAGGGUCUGGAGCAGCAGCAGAUCAGGACCUACGGACGACAGAUCCUCGAGGCACUAAAGUUUCUCCACGACAAGGGUUUUCCGUACGGGCAUCUUCACGCGUCUAACGUCCUGAUCGAGGAGAACGCGUGUAAGCUGUUGGAUGUAGAGAACUCUUUACUGGGACUGCCGUCAUAUUACCGUCCCUACGUCACACAGUUCAGGAAAAUCAAUACGACCGAAAGCAUAGACGUCUACUCAUUUGGACAUUUGCUUUAUGAAAUGACGUACGGCCGGCCGCCUGACGCUGUGCCCGUGGAUCAGUAUCCUCCGGCUCCGUUCUCGUCCGUAGUCUCCGUACUUCAGUCCAUCCUGUCCACGGAAGCUUGCAAAACGGGAAUGCCAACCGUUUCCCAACUCCUACAAACGCCGUUAUUCAAUGACGUGCUGCUGUUUAACUCAGAGAAACCCCAGUUUAAGAUCAGCUCCAAAUUAAAGGAGGCCCUGAAAUCGUCCAAGGAAUGCUUGGAGAAGCGCCUAGCGGAGGAACAGAGGACGAUCCACCAGCACAAGAGGCUGACGCGAGCGCAGUCGCACCACGGCUCCGAGGAAGAGAAGCGGAAAAGGAAGAUCUUGGCCAGAAAGAAAUCGAGACAGUCGACGUAUGAAAAUGAGGAGGAUAUUUCUGUCAAAUACAAUAACAACUCCGCAGGUUCUGGGGCGAGUUCACCUCCAACCUGCCCAUCCUCACCCACCCCUUUACCAGGAUCAGGAGCGCCUCCAGCACCUCCUCCUCCUCCCUCGGCUCCUCCUCCUCCUCCCUCGGCUCCUCCUCUUCCUCCCUCGGCUCCUCCUCCUCCCGGGAACGAAGCCGUCCCUCCACCCCUCUCGUCUCCCGGGGCCAGCGGCGCAGGCAGGAGCGCCCUCCUCAGCUCCAUCCAGUCCUUCAAUAAAGGCAAACUGAAAAAAUCUGAGACUGUUGACCACAGCGGCCCACGUUUGUGAAAAACAAAAAAAAACACGCGCUCGUCUUUGUUUUAGUGCAAUUCGUCCACUCGGGAGUCUUUUAGCAAAUUGCAUCUAGCAGUGAAAAGUGACCGUUUGUACCUGAACUUAUUCGGUGUUUGUUUCGUUCGUUUGUUUUAUUCACAGCCCUGCGUUUUCGGUAUUUUUUUUUUUCUUUUAAGCUGCUCGACGUAACCUAAACAGCUGUGCUUGGACUACCUUUCGCGUUUGAAAAAUGGACUUGCCCGCUCAUUCGGAUGGAAAACAAAUCUUAAUUUGAAAGUACUUCUACGACUUCUGAAGGAUAACGCGCAAGAUGUGGUGGAGAACGCGGGCAGCCCAUUUACUGCGAGCGAAGACGAAACUGGAUUUUAUUGUUGGUUCGUGAAACGAUUGAUAUUUGAUUCCAUAUUUGAUUGUAGUUCAUUUCUUGGAGGGUUUGGGACGAUGCUUUUUCAAGCGUUUGCCACAUUUACCAUUGUGCCUACAAAAGCCGAGAGCGUUCUUUGUUCUCUACGUUUGUUUUUUUUUUCAAUUUUGAGCUACGUUGUUCGUAUUUUCUUUCGGGAAAACAAAGUAAUAUUUGCAUUCCUGUUCUGCAAGAUCACAAUCAGUAUGUUGCGCGAACGGCGACGUUUGUACGAUGCGUUUUAUCAUUUACGCGGCGGUUUCGAAUCGCCGCUGACGUGAUCGUAUGCGACGCCGCUUGCGUCGUUUGAUCCUAUUGGCUGCUGCAGCCCUCUAGAGAAAUUCGGCCAAUCGGAGAGGAGAAAGCAGCGGCGAAUGGAAGCGGUUUCUUGUUUUGCACACAUACAGAGAGAAAGAAACUUCUACAAAUUCAGAUCCAUCGCAGGGUCCUGUUGAAAACCCGUCUCGUAUGAUGUACAGUAAUGCACAAUAGUUCAUCUUUUGCUCCUGUGACCGUGAACUCAUCUGUAUAUAGAUUCAUAUAGACACUGAAGACAUUACAGCUAUAUACCGUAACGUGUUCCCGGCUUUAUCGUGGGGGAAGAGUUUAAUAAUGUUUUCAUUUUCGCUACAGCACUUUACCGCUGGAUAUUUAGCAGUGGUCUGGAGGAGAAGAGAUCUUCUAAAGUUUACACAGAGAUUUAUGUGCGAGAGAGGAGUCGGUGCGUUCGAUUAAAGGAGAGAAUUGCCGCUGAUUUUCGCCUCCGUACAGCUGCCACAACCGUUGUUCAAAGCACUGGAGGUGAACGUCCUCGAAAUGCUACGAAAUAGUUUUCCCUGUUCUGAAAAACUUGUAUCGGCGAUAUUUUAAAAGAAUGGUUUUGUGCUUUUUAGUUGUGAACAUUGAAGUAAAGACAACGGAACAGA